AUGGGUCACUGUUCACAGAUGGCACACUUCCUAAGAAGUUAUUUAUUUCAUAUUUCAGUCCAAGACCUGGUUCUGUGGAAAAAUCCCGUCGUUAGCGGUACCGUGUUCUUUGUGCUGUUUUUCGUGGUGCUCGCGCUGCGAAUCUACUCAGCUCUGAGUGUCGUGGGAUACGCCGGACUGCUGUUGCUAUCGACGGCAUUAGUGUGCCGGGGCUAUAGUCUGAUUUUUGCAAAGCUGCACGGAAACGCACCCAGCAACCCAUUUGGCCCGUACCUUGAGAAGAAGAUCGAACUGACCGCUGAGGACACGCAUAAACAGAUCGAAUCGAUCCUGAACUCCAUUCAAAAGCGCCUGGACGAACUCAAGGCUCUGUUUUUCAUCGAAAGCGUAGUAGACAGCUUGAAAUUUGGUGUCCUUCUCUGGGCAUUGACGUACAUUGGACAGUUUUUUUCGGAUUCGGGCUUAGCCAUCUUCUUAUUGGUCUACGUUUUUACCGUUCCGAAAAUUCUGGACCUGUACCACGGUCCGAUCACGAAGUAUAAAAAUAUCAUGAUGGACAAGCUGGAAAAAAUACGGGAGCUGAUCAACAAGAAGCUUCCGUUUCUGGCUCAAAAGGGAGUACCUACCAAAGACGAGAAGAAAUUAGACUAA